CCCGUGUUUUGGGCUGGUCUUGGGACGGGGUUCCUCUGCACCAAUAACUUUUUCAUAAAAUUGUGAAAUAUAUGAAAAAGUUCUUAUGCAGAAUUGGGGAAAAAAAUAAAGACAGGAAAACUUAAUAAAGUGACCAGUUAAUGAUAAAAGAAAGAAAUUUGGUAACCUAAAAAGCGAUACAAGUGAAAUAGGUUACAAGAAGAAGAAGGCAACUAAGUAUUCCGUCUCCUCAGUUCUGUAACUUCUGUAUCUACAAGUAGAAGCGUGUAUGUUGAUGGUGUGAGAGGUUAUGUGCAUUUUCAACUCUUGUGCAUCAUGGAUCCUGAUGACACGAGUUCAAAAGAAGAACUUUGGAGAAAAAUUGAGGAUGUCCUGCCAGAUCCCAAUCCACCAAUUGCACCUUUGGAAAAAUCCCAGAACAGUGAUGAACUUGACCAGCGCCUGAAUGAUGAUGGGAACUUUGAUGAAGGCGAUGAAGCCACUGCUCGUGCUAUGGGCAUACAGGAUGACGUCUGGCUAGUGAUGCUAAGGAGUUCAAAAGAAGAACUUUGGAGAAAAAUUGAGGAUGUCCUGCCAGAUCCCAAUCCACCAAUUGCACCUUUGGAAAAAUCCCAGAACAGUGACGAACUUGACCAGCACAUUGUGAAUGAUCAUGGGAACCUUGAUGAAGGCGAUGAAGCCACUGCUCAUGUUAUGGAUAUACACGAUGAAUUCUACCAAGUGAUGCCAAGAUUAGCACAGCAGCAGUAGCAGAAGGAAAAUCAGCAGUAACAGCAUUGGCACUAAUGACAGUUGAGAAAUUGGUACAUUUGUAUCUUGGAGCCCCCAUCUGGGGAGGGGACCACAAAUGUCCCUCAGAUCGGACUGCACUUCUCAUAUUGACCUCAAGUGUUUUGACAUUCCCCUCAACUUUUUUUUCCCAAACUUUGUAACAUUUGCAGCCUUAGAUCUAAUUUUCAAUUUGUAGAACACCAUUUCCCCUCUACUAAACCUCAUCUUAUUUUUCUCACUGAAACACAAGUGUCUGAGGCAACUGACAGUAGCCCCUUUCCUGUUCCCUCCUACUUUCUCUCCUCUUUUUCAAUCCAGAUGUGGAUGUUUUGUGUCUAUGUAUUCAAUGAUUUAACUUGGUCUCGUCUCCCACUCAUACCAGUGUAGAAUCAGAAGCUUUUCAUCUCUAACUGCCUGUCCUCAGCCUCUUUCUCAUUGCUGCAGUGUUGCAUCUCUAGCUAUCUUCUACCACUAUUUUCAUGCUAACUGCUCUUCUGAGCAGUUAGCGAGACCACAGCCUUGCUGCACAAGACUUUCUUCUUUCUCUCAACCCUAUUCUGUCCACCUCUCUAAUGCAAGAGUUAACCAGUACUCUCAAUCUUAUCCCUUUCUCUGGUAAACUCUGGAGCUCCCUGCCUGCUUCUGUAUUUCCACCUUCCUAUGACUUGAAUUCCUUCAAGAGGGAUGUUUCAAGACACUUUUUUUUAUUAUUAUUAUUGGAUUUUUGCUGCCCUUGGCCAAUGUCCCUCAUAAAAAAAAAAAAAUUUUAAAUACCUUGGAUCUUUCAAAUUUCCCACAUUUUGUCUAUGGCUAUAGGGUCACUAUCAGAUCUAAUUUUUCUGUGCUAUGCAGUGUUAUGCUGUCUACUCUGUUGGGCUCCUUUGAUCACAAUCUUGUAUCUGUAUCUUGUCCUAUCACUGUUAACCCUGUCAGCAGCUGGUUGAAAGGGGCGUGUGGACCACUUUUUUUAUUACACCCGAGUCAAAUUCACUCAAAAAAAAAAUUUAUUUUAUUUAAAUUAGUCAAAUCUGUGGUGCUAGUAAAAUUAAUGUACAAAAACUUAAACAUAUGAAAAAAAAAUGUAAUAGGCAAAAAAAAUAAAAUAGAUUUAAUCUCAUAUUUUUAGCAUUUAAAAUUAUCAUAGAUGUUAUUUGGUGAUAGUAGAUAAUAAGAUAAAAAAAAACUAUGAACUAAGAGAGAGAGAGAGAGAGAGAGAGAGAGAGAGAGAGAGAGAGAGAGAGAGAGAGAGAGAGAGAUUUACCACUCCUUGGAACUUUUUUAUUUUGGAAUGCUGACAGUUUUACCUUAAUAUAUAUUCCUACGAGGAAUUUAGUCACUUCAAGAGUAUGAAAUGGCUACUGUUAGACCUGCUUCACACUACCCACUUUAUGGGUCCUCCCUGUGAUGGAUGUGCCAUGUGUAUUGUGUCAGCUUUGGUUUCUUGUGAUAUGUAUGUUAUGUAGUACCAGGGCAGCUGGACUCAAUUUUCUUCAGCAGACAUAUGUACUACCAGGGCAGUUGGACACAAUUUUCUUCAACAGAUGUUAUCAAAUAACUUGGUCCAUACACAUGAUUUUGUAGUGUAUUUUGCUACAUAUGAGAAUAAUUCUAUACAUAAACUGUACUUUAGGCUGCUAGUGUUACUAGGCCAUUAGUGUUACUGGACUGUACACAGAAUAUUGAUUUAAAUAUAGUAAUGUGGAAGAAUGGAAAUAAAAUUGUAAAAAAUAACCAUAGUAUUAGCUAUAGAAAAAGUGACAUGUAUAGUAAUACUGUAAAUGAAGAUAAGAUCUGUC